AAUACUAAGACAUCUCCGCUAGUGCGCACAAUACCAGGAUAAUCAGUAUUAUAAAUUAUUUGUCUUUUCUGGAUGAAUUUUAUGUGGUCUACAUAGAUCAAAUUGAUAGUGAGGUAUGUGCUAAUACAGCAGCUCGUCUGAUCUAACCGGCGUCAGGCAUGCUGUUCAGGAUGGUUAAACUCCGACUACUCAACAUGAUCGCACCUGCAUACUUCUACGCUGCCACUGUGGUCACGUUUGUCCUCCACUUCUUCCUUUUCAUGCCCACAAUUUUCCGGACCCCAGAUGUGAUGUUUAAUCCCACCAUGCUGGUCCACACUGUGGUCCUUCUGUACCUCAUGGCAAACGCUCUGGGUAACUACACAAUGACUAUAUGGUUCCCAUCUGAGAGUGCCAAUGAGACGGUUGUCCCGGUGUGUUCACCUGACUGUCCAGACAGAAUUGAUGCACACUACCUCCUGAAUGGACGCCACUUUUGUAAAGUGUGUAAGAAGGUCAUUCUGAAACGGGACCACCAUUGCUUUUUCACAGGAAAUUGCAUUGGAAAUAGGAACAUGCGCUACUUUAUUAUGUUCAGCAUCUACACGUCCAGUUGCUGUUUGUACUCUUUGGUAAUUGGGGUGGCCUAUCUUACAGUGGAGUACUCCAUUUCCUUUGAGAAUCCACUGACGUUCCUCACACUUCUUCCGCUCUCCACAGGUUACUUCUUUCUUGGUCUGAUAUCUGGUCUCCAGUUCUUUCUGGUUUUAAUGCUGUACAUUUGGCUGGGUAUCGGGCUAGUGAGUGCGGGCUUCUGCUGUCAACAGCUUCUGUUAGUAGCCCGAGGGCAGACCUGGUGUCAGCUCCAAAAAGGGCAAUUGGAAGAGAGUCGUGGCACCUGGAUGGCCAACCUAAGUGACGUUUUUGGUUCCCGCUGGGCUUUGGGCCUUUUUCUGCCUGUAAGGACUGUUGAGACCAUACCUGGCAACUGGCAGGUUUACCAUGACCAUAAACAUGACUGAAGAUCAAAGGAUUCACUUUUGGAUCAACACUGUAAAUUCUAAUAGCUGCUUAAAGGGACACUCCACUUUUAAGAAAAUAUGCUUAUUUUCCAGCUCCCCUAGAGUUAAAAAUUUGGGCCCGGUUCCCCGAUAACGUUCACUCUUAGCGCGCUAAGAAGACUCAAAAAGAUAUAUCUUACCAAAGUUGUUUAUGUUCCUAAGUGUGUUCCCCGAAGUGUCUCUUAGGAAGCUUCUUAACACGCUGCCUCUAAGAACGACGUAACAAUGACGCUGUCCCAAGUGAAGGUGCUGAAUUAUUUGCGAUCGAUCGCUCAGGGAUCGAUUUUCCACUUCACGUGAAAGUGCAUUACGCCGUUAAGAAAGACAACACGUUCUAUACAAAUGUACCAUUACUCAAAUUAUUCCAAUAACAUUUAUUUUAACAUAGUUUAAGUUAUCCGUAAAAUAUAGACUAUUAAUUAAAUUAUCAAAUUGUCAGUAAUACGGGCAGAUGAACCUCGCUAAUCAUCCACCCUCCUUAUCCCGUUGUGCCACUUGUGCCGCUUCUUGACAUGGGUUUAACGACUUAAAAAAAUUAUAUAAUACACUUUUAAACUAAUGGUAAGGUACUUAACAAUCAGAAUUACUAGGCAAGCAGCUGUAGUACUUCUGUUUAAUGCGGUAUUGCUUGCCAUUAAUGUUUUCAAUAAAAAAACAACCUAUCUACAAUAAACAGAGAGAGUUAGAUAGAGAAUAUGGUCUGAGAGGAUCUAGCAGCUCCAUAAUGAGUUGUCUUGGGAGGCGAUUUUUUUAUUUAGCCACGUCAGACAAAUUGUCAAAAUGUUUUAAGUGUUACAGAAUAAAUAAAAAAAAAUUGCCAUGGGCUAAACGGUUACGGGGUUACCGGUGUUGUGUGGAAGUCUGUUCCCCCUAUGUUUCCCUUUAGUGUUUUUAUAGCGUUUUUAUCACAUUAUACGUUUAUUCUUUAUAUACAUUGAAAGUUCUAAUACUGAGAUGUGUGUGUGUGCAUUUAUGUAAUGUAUCUUGGUUGUUCUUGAUUGUAAAUUAUUUUUACAGUAUUACAGUAUGAAUCAUAUUAUAUGUAUAAUUUAUUAUGUAUGGCAACAUAAAAGUUUUAAAACAAACAGUAGAGAAAAAAAAAGGAAAAAAGACAGGUUAAAAGCUAUAAAACUGUCAAAUAAGAAAUAUUUAAUAAAUUGUAUAAUAGAAUACAUGAUAUUAUUGCUUUUAGUAUAACAAAUUCAAAUCUUUUUUCUUUCUAAAUAAAUUAUAAAUGUAAACGCUAACAUAGAGGGAACAGACUUCGAUGGGGAACAAACUUCAACACCGGCGCCGUCUUUGAUUCAUUCUGAUACCAAAUAAAGUCAACUGCAUAAAUAGCCCUGUAUCCAUUGCAAACAUAUUUUAUUAUAAGUCUUAAAAUGUCCAUAACAUAAAAUCAUUGUCAGCAUACCAUAGUUUGACUUGUACUGCGCUGCGCUGAUUUCUAAAGACUGCGGCGAUAGCGUUUUGCGCUCAAACAACGCUAAGAGAGAGCUUCCGAAUGGUCCAGACCAACCUUACGAAAGUGUGACUUACAGAAGAUAUACUUAGUGAACGAACGUUUUGGGAAUCGUGCCAUAGAGUUAAGAGAGAGGUUAAGAAAUAGGUUAAGAACUACUUAGCGAUAAGAACGUUUUGGGGAACCGGGCCUUGAUUCUUACCGUUUUGGAAUCCAUUCAGCUGAUCUCCGCGUCUGGCGCUACCACUUUUAGCAUAGCUUAGCACAAUCCAUUGAAUCUGAUUAGACCAUUAGCAUCGCACCUAAAAAAUAACCAAAGAGUUUAGAUAUUUUUCCUAUUUAAAGCUUGACUCUUCUGUAGUUACAUUGUGUACUAAGACAGACGGAAAAUUUAAAGUUGUGAUUUUCUAGGCAGAUAUGGCUAGGUUUAUACUCUUAUUCUGGCGUAAUAAGGACUUUGCUGCCGUAACAGCAGCCAAAAAUAGUCCCCUCAGUAUCUUUUUUAAUAGCAGGGGACUAUUUUCAGAUUCAAUGAAUUAUGCUAAGCUAUGAUAAAAGUGGUAGCGCCAGACCCUGGAGAUCAGCUGAAUGGAUUCCAAAAACGGUAAGAAUCAAAUUUAGGGGAGCAUAGGGGAAAAUUUGCAUAUUUUCAAAAAAAAUAUCUUUAUCACUUAAUCUGUUUGGUGAAUAAAACAAUAUAAUUGAUUUGAGUAACACUAACUUAAAACAGUGAAGUACACUAAAAAACAUUUGUUGACUCAGUCAAGUCUUACAAGAGGACUCCAAAAAAAAAAAAAAAAAAAAAACAGCACAACCAUAUUUAUUUAUUACAAGUUUGACUGUAUUUCAUAUGUCUGCGAAAGUUCAUAUCAAUAAGAAUUACCAGAAAUUUAGCUCUAGUUUAAUAUAGCCUAAAUAUUUUUAUUUUGCAGUCACCUUUAUGGUGAUCAAUGUUUUCUUCAGUUGGGUUCUUGACCCUUGACUUUCAUAAAAUAAUUUUUUUAUGACAUUUACAUAAUUUAAAUAAAGCUACAGUAUGAAGUACCACGUACAGUAUUUAUAAUGAGAUAAAACAAAAAAGUAUAAAUAUUGAUUUGUAGUACAGUAUUACAAAUAAUAUGUAAUAUGUACUAAAUAUUAUGUGUGACAAGAUCUUGUGCUAUGAGAUCUCACAAUGUUUUAACAUCACAAGAUUUCAAGAUUUGAGGUGAAAUGCAUUAUAUAUUUUAUCAUGAUUGUU